AUGUCUACAGGCUCGAGAUCCACCUCGGGUGCUCUGGGAGUGAGCCAGAUAAAUACCCACGACGAUUUCGACCCAUGUGCUUCCACUGCUUCGCUGUUUCUCUACUCUCAGGGCUCUUCUAUCCUCUGUUUACACCAUGAUACUCUGGCGGUCGAGCGACGGUUUGACCGCCACCAGGAGAAAAUCCAGUUUAUAUCUGUGGACAAUGUUAGCGAAAGGGGUGCUGGAAGGCUAGUAGUUAGCUAUGAUGUUAGUCAGACGGCAAUAGUUUGGGAUAUAUUCACUGGACAAGAAAUAUCGCGAUUUGCUUCUUUUGAACAUAUCCGAGUUGCAACCUGGCUGCGGAAUGGGAAUGUAUCGUUUGGGGAAGUAAUCAUAUUUGAACCUGCAACUUCUGAACAUGUGUCGGCUCGCACGAUUUUCGAUCCCAUUACUGCGUUGGCACCGGGAAACGAUUGUCGGAUUUACGCGAUUGGAUAUAAUAAUGGUUCAAUAUUAAUCGCUACCAUUCAACCUUUUACGAUACUUCAUACUCUUACUACCUCUCGUGGCCCUUCCUCCAUUGUUUCAUUGGCAUGGCAUGCCUCAUCUACCAAGCAGAAAUCAGACAUGCUCGCCAGCCAGACUGUUGAAGGAGAUCUACUUGUGUGGAGUGUAUCAAAGCAUCCCGCCAACGAAACGCCUCGCGUCAUUAGAUCAUUGAAAAGGUCUGAAUAUGGCUCACCUGGGCCAAAAUGGUUGGCUUGGUCCAAGAAUGGGCGAAUUGUUCAAUAUGCUGAAGGGGAGACUUGGGCAUGGGAUGUGAGAACAAAGCACGUAACUUACGAGCAAGUGCCAACCGUACAAGGAGUGAGAGGCCUGGCGAACUAUGGAUCAACAGCUUCUCUGUUCACACUGGGGCCGAAUCAUACUGUUCAACAAUAUGAUCUUGAAAACCCUACCAUGGUCGCCAACGUUCAGCACCUCCCUCUUACUUCCUUGACCAGCCAAACUACCGAGGCACAACCAGAGAAAGUUGAAUCGGGACUUACGACACAAAAUUUGGCACAAUAUCAAACCAGCAUUGCCGAGAGAAUGAGAAGUCCGUCCCCAGCGUCAUCAGGGCGACCUAUUGAGCCAAAUGCCUUAGAACUUGCCCGCCAACGGGCUGGGUUAAAGAGCCCUAUGUCAACCGGAAGUCAGACCACCUCGACCAGUUCCGCAAACUCGUACAAUCGUGGUGUACGUGGUGCGAUGUCGAUUCGAUCCAGAUCUUACAACAGCGGAACGACAUUUUCAAUGGGCUCGCCCGCGCCUUCAAUUCCGGAAUCGCGAUCGGUAACUUCUUUGAAUUAUGCCUCUUCGGUUUCUACCUCCUCCAGGAGAUCAUACGCUCGCGGCUCCUCACGAUUGCGCCAUGAAUAUCUCCCGAACGCGAGCAAUACCAGCAGCCAUAAUUCGCUCGACAAGCCAAUUACGGAGUUAUUUCCGUACAUCCGGAGCCGUGUAAACAAUGUCCCGUUCCAACCCCCUCGCCCUCAAAACGACGGUAAUCUAUCACCGGAUGAGCUUAGGAAACAGAUGCUCCAUGUUGUUUUCGGAUGGGAAGGAGAUAUUGAUGAACUAAUACGAGAUGAGUUGCGCCGUCACAAUCCGGGAAGCCAACAUGCCAUUCUCCUCGCCCGCUGGUUGGGAGAAAUCGACACAAACCUUAUCUUGUCAAUGAUGGGACCAGGCUCUAGCCAGUACAGCGAUUGGAUGUUGCUUGCGUUAACGCAGCUUGGAAACCAGGGCCAUAGCAAACAUCUCGGGCAAGCGCUGGUCCAAAAGCUUCUGGCAAAAGGCGAUAUUCAUGCUUCUGCAGCAGUUCUCCUCGGAAUGGGCGAUUGCAACGAUGCCAUCGAAGUUUACGUAUCAAGAAAUCUGUACAUGGAGGCAAUUCUUUUGACAUGCUUAUUAAUGCCUUCUGAAUGGCAGCGGCAAUCGUAUCUAGUAAGAAAAUGGGGUGAGCAUGUUGUUCAAAACUCCCAACAACAUCUAGCUAUACGAUGCUUUGCUUGUACCGAUGCAGAAACAUCCGAAGCAUGGGCUUCUCCAACUGCCCAGAUGACCACUAUUUUAUCAGAUCAAUUGUCCAGAUCUCGAGGCCCAACGCCAACGAAUGCUGAGCCGUCCAUUACUGCCAAUGCACCCCGUCCACCCUCUCGCGGCAAUCUUAAAAGCCCGGCCCUGAAGCUCAUCACUUCUUUCAGCCCACAUCCUAAUGGCCAGUUCAAAUUCCCUGGUCUUACUUCUGCGGAUCGGACGCCAACCAAUGCUCCCGGGAUUACACCGAUCGCAGAUUCUGCACUUGUCGACCCAACCUCACCUGGAGGAUUUGGUUCACAUAGAUUACCUAUGGGAAGAAUCGGUCGCGCGGGAACACCGAACAGCUAUGCUAAACACCGCCUCCCAUCAAUUGGCGAAACACCAAUCGAUGUGAAUCCUCCAGCUUUUGGUAUCCCUAAAAGUUUGCCAACGCCCGUUGACUCAGGGUCGGAUAAAGAGAGGGAUGCUCGUAACGCCGGCAUGGCCAUCGCACAGCGCCAAUCUGUUGACACACCGGAACCUGUUUUGUUGUCGUCUGCUAGGUAUACUCCUAUAUCUGAAACCCCAAGAAAGACUCCAACAACUGCUGUUUUGCACGGUGAUGAUGGAUCCGACGGAGGCCGCCCAUUUUCGCCCCUUCCAAACGAUAUAUUCGAAUCACUGAAAGCACAGAAUCAGAGUAGAACGAAUUCGCAUGAACAGAAGGAUGGCCGCAAGGCUGAGGAUCUCCAUAUGCCAUGGCCUCCUUUGGAUGCUUUCCCAGAGAGUGGGCCUGACACUUCAAUGUCCUACGACAUUAUACCCCGAUCAAUGUCGCAAAACCAGCAUCGAGGAGCGACACCUGAUAAUUUCUAUAGCUCAGCAAUGUCAACUACCAGUGCACGAUCAACAAGGAGUGCCAAUGCUAGUGUCAGAAGUAUUGAUCAAUAUAUCAGUAGCCUAGACGAAGCUAGCUACCGUUCUGGCCAUCACAGAAUCGGACGCGAACGACGAAAUACAGAUACUGACCCUAAUAUCAAGGCCCGUAGCAAGCAGAAGUCUCGGCCAAACUCGAAGGAAUCCCAUGGGAGAAGCAAUCAGCGGUACAUACAACCAGCAAAGAGAUCGCCGUCGUCACCCAUCCCAAUGUCUCCGGAUGACUUGGCUCUCUAUACUACUGGGGACACGACUGAUAAUCAAUCAAAAUCGAACGUGGAUCAAGGGCGUCGCCAUAGGAGCAGAAGACGUACAAAAUCCAGAACUCGAUCAGCGUCCAAAAGCCGCCAUCGACUCCGCAAUCGUUCCGGUUCUUGGGCUGGAGAUAAGUCUAGUCAGGUUACAACGCGCCGCCAUAGCCCAGAUCCAUUAUAUAACUCCAUUGCAACACGAGGAAGGAGUUCUCAGAGGACUGAGGGUUCUGGUCCUAGAUCUCCAUCUUCUCCACUUCCAAUGUCUCCAACUCUCGGGGACUACAACAGUGGCCAAGAUGUUGAGAAUGGCCUUCGGCUAGUUAAUGUAGAUAGGAAACAUCGUGUACGAUCGAGACACACGAGUCAGAACCGCCGUCCAGAACGUGGCACAAGUUCUCGCCGUGAUCCAUCUCCAGACCGAAGGAGAGAGCGCAAUCGCUCUCACAGUAGACAGAGUCAUGACCGCUCAACGAGUGCACUGCGAGACACAUACGCUAGUGGAGAUGGCAAUAAAGGCCAUCGUAGGCACGCCUACUCUAUCGAUAACGAAACUCCCUCGACCGCAGGUUUUGAAACUGGUCAUCAGCUGCCAUUACAAUCUAUGGCAGAACGUAAAAGAAAGGAAUUAGCAGCCGCUGAGUUGGAAGCUCGCCGUCUGUCCCUAGCACGCCGACCUUCUGCUCCCUCUAUCCCCCUUCCGGGGGAGAGUGGCAGUAAUUUUUCUCUCCGACAAAAUGCAGUUGACAGUCCCCCAUACAGCGGCUCCUUCAAUCAAAGAAUGGGAGGGAAAAACAUUUCACCAGCUAAUUCGAACUCCGAUUCCAACCACUCGGGACGUGGGCCUUCGAAUGUCCCGAUUGGGCUACCUGCAACUCCCAGGGCAAUGAGACAUCCAAAGUACAGCACAGGCUACGCCGAUGUCAAUGCCCCUGCUCUACCUGAAGUCCCAGACAAUAUUAUGACACUAAGUGACGCUGUUUAUCGACCAACUGGAUACAAUAUUUCGCGGUCGGCUUCAGCUCCACCUGAACACCUUGAACUCAAUGGAAAACCACUCGGGAUUGUGGCCCACCCGCAUUAUCAACAACAGAUACCGAGUAGCAAGCCAGCUCAGAAAUUUUCUCACCGACGACAAACGUCACAGGAUAUGGGCCACAAUCUAUCAAAUGGCAAUAAUGGCAAUGCAGCACCACCACCUCUCCUGCCGGAGCUUCGGCAUCUGCAAUCACCUCCACCACCGCCACCACCACCUCCCAUGAUAAAUACCCACAUCCAAAUGCCGUCGACGUAUGAUUCACGAAACUCGCUUGUUUCAGGAGUGGGAACUAUCAACAUAGCCAUUGAUAAUCCCUCAAAGAUGAAUGAUAUGGGGCUGCAACAACCACCAGCAAUAUUCUCCCCCAUCGCCGAGGCGUCAGGACUCUCUCCCUUGAAAAGCAAUGGCGAUAGCACCCAUCGGCGCGGCCGCAGUGUGAAUGAGAACUUCACGAGCAAAAUCCGCACUUUUACAGAUAGAAUGCGUAGUACAAGCCGAGGUCGCAAUACUCGUCCUCCGGAAUCCGAUGCGCCCUCACCGUAUGAAAGCUUGUCGAUACAAAAUGUUAUUGAGAACAGGAUAUAG